CUAUCAAUCAAACAAUCUGGGACGCACAGAAAAAUGCCUAGGGCUAAAGCUAGGGUCACAGCCAGGCCAGUGGAGUUUAUUUGGCAGUGAAUAGAUGGCCGGGGCCAAGGAAGAUGCAAAUCUACCCGAGGAAAAAAUAUGUCCGCGUUUUGGGCGGAGAGAAGGAUUCUGGAAAAUAAAGGGCGAGAGCUAGAAGCGAGGCCCCAGCGUUAUCCCUAUCAGUAGAAGCAGGGAAGGGCAUCUGUUCCUUGCUUGACUGUUGUGGGCAGGAUUUUAGAACCAUCUAAAAUUAGAGAAAUGUAUUUACACAUUUAGUAAUACUACUGGAAUACAAUGUACAUACACAUUGGAUGAACUAGGCGUGUAUAUGCACUACAUUAAGCGAACAGUUUGUUAGCUUGUUAUCCUCGCGCGGCUAGCUAGCGAAUCCGUAGCAAACGCCGCUGGUAAAUAUGGCACUUCUGCUAGCUACGUUAGCGUAAAUGUGGUCAACCAACGUUUAAAACAAGGAUGCUUCAGUGGGUGUCUUGGCCGUAGAGGGGUGAUGCAUAUUAUAGCUGACAUGCGUUUGAGGCUGUUUUCAAAAAAUUGUCAAAGGAAACUUAAUGUAUUAGCUAACGUUACUGACCUAGCUACGUUCGCUGUAGCGUGUUAUUUCAUCUAGCGACCGUACAGUCUGGAUAUGAAGAGGCCUUUCAUCUGGAUGGAGACAUGAGGUCCGCCAACUCUCCACCUCCUUAUAAUGCUUCAGUGUUUGUGGCAUCUGCAGUGAAUAUGAUGGCUGCCCAAUCAGUUUCCAUGGACAAGUACACAAAGAGAGAGCAGCAGGGGGUGGAGCAGAAGGACAGUGAUGCUGAUCAUGAUCAGAAGUUCAGUGAGGAGGGGUUGGCUGCAGCCUCCAGUCCUGCCCCCACUGAACCCCAGACACCCUUUGAUGUAGAUAAGGCCUCCAUAUACCGGCAUCCCUUGUUUCCUCUCCUGGCCCUGCUCUUUGAGAAAUGUGAGCAGUCUACACAGGGCUCAGACUGCAUCACGUCAGCCAGCUUUGACGUGGAUAUCGAGAACUUUGUCUGCAGCCAGGAGAAAGAGGGCAAAGCAUUCUUCAGCGAGGAUCCUGACCUCGACAAUCUGAUGGUGAAGGCCAUCCAGGUGCUGCGGAUCCACCUGCUAGAGCUGGAGAAGGUGAGUGACCUUUGUAAAGAUUUCUGCAGCCGCUACAUCGCCUGCCUCAAGACCAAGAUGAACAGCGAGACCAUGCUGAGUGGAGAGCUUGGCAGCCCCUACUCACCUGGACAGGGCUACUCUCCCACAAAGACCCAGACCUCCAGCUCUUUCAAAGGAACCCUCAGUCCCCAGGGGAUUGUGGUGCCAGCGUCAGCCCUGCAGCAAGGCAAAGUAACAACAGUCAACCCCAUACAGGUUAUGGCAGGUGGCGCAGUGUACCAGCCUGUCACAGUAGUCAACUCACAGGGUCAGUUGGUGUCACAGACUCUCUCUCCCCAGACUAUACACAUUCAGAACACACAGCUUCAGCUGCAGCUCAACCAGGACCUGAGCUUCUUCGGCCACGACGACAGCUCGUCCAAGAACAAGCGUGGCGUCCUUCCCAAACAAGCGACCAACGUCAUGCGCUCCUGGCUCUUCCAGCACAUCGGGCACCCCUACCCCACAGAGGAUGAGAAGAAGCAGAUCGCUACCCAAACUAACCUGAGCCUCCUCCAGGUCAACAACUGGUUCAUCAAUGCGCGGAGGCGGAUCCUGCAGCCUAUGCUGGACGCCAGCUCUUCGGAGACGGCCAAAACUAAGAAGAAACCGCUUCCGAACCGGCCGCUACAGCGUUUCUGGCCCGACUCCAUCUCAACGGGGAUGACCCAACAACAGGUCCAGAUGUCAGACGGCACCAUGGUGACAAUGAGUGUGGAGGGUCUCCAGAGCCUGACUCCAGACGGCGCCACGCUGGCCGUGCAGCAAGUGAUAAUCGGCGGGCACAGCGAGGAUGAAUCAGGAGACAGCAGGGACGAGGACGACGAUGAGAUGACUGGGCUGGGCCUGGACAACAGUGACUCCCUGCAGUAGGACACACACAGGCGUACCGUACACACUCACCGCAGGAGGCUGCUGAGGGGAGGACGGCUCAUAAUAAUGGCCAGAAUGGAGCAAAUGGAAUGGCAUCAAACGCCUGCAAACCAGGUUUAAUUUAUUUGAUACAAUUUCACUGAUUCCGCUCCAGUCAUUACCACAAGCCGUUCACCCCAAUUAAGGUGCCAACAACCUCCUUUGACUCACACACACAUGUAUAGACAUACACUCAAAAACAAACUGUUGUGUUGAAAAUAUGGUCAUUCAGGCCUUCCACAACAAACAUACACGAUAUAUGCAGACUGAUAUUGAAUGAUGUAGGCGGAUAAUGAGUUGUGUACACACACUAGCACAAAAUCAGAUCAAUUUGUUAUGCAAAAAAUAAUAAUAAAAAGAUGGCGGCUCAGAUCAUGCAUGUACUGUAGAUAGACUGAUAUUGCAUUGCACGUGCACACGCACUAAAUCAGUUUACACAGCACAACCCCAGGAUGUACGGGAGCACUCCUGAUGUCCAUUUAUUGAACGGAGUGCGCUGUGUGUGAGGAGUUUCAUUUCAGAAACAGUUUUUUUACUACGUAGUCUUUGUAGGCGAGUGCACUUUUUUUGUAUAAUAUAAUUCAACGCUCCAAAAGACAAAAAGAACGGACGCAGCUAAAACAAAUCAUGAAGUGUUAAAAAAAAAAAGUUUGUAUGCUCCGUUAAUAACCGUUGAAUGAUUAUUUUUCAUGUAAUCUGCUUUUGGCUGCCAAGUAAUGGUUUGUUUUGUUCACUUUGCAUGCCUGUGACUUUUACCCUCUCUGAUCAUGACUGACUCCCAGGCCCUAUAGAGCCAUUUUCUGUUUACCGUCAAACGUCACGUUUAACAUCAAAAAGCUCUGUAGCAGGAUAACUAACGCUGAUUUCGAGACCUUGACACAUUUAACAGUGAGUUUGUGAUGAUCAUGAAAACACACAAGACUGAUGGCUAUAGACAACCAUCUGAUAAACGUGUUUGUUAACUUGCACAAGCUGCAUUUUAAGUUGGAUGUGAUCGUAAGUCAAACAACAAGGUAUCUGAAGAGUAAUUUCGUGCCCAACUUCUCAUGAUGCGCCGGGGAAAUGGGAGAGCAAUAGCAUCGUUUUGUAGAAUGGAGGUUAUGGCUCGUUGGCCAACGCCUAUGUAGGGAAAUGAAUGUUGUUAAAUGCCGAAAAUAAGGUAUGUGGUAAACACAGGCUUAAGAGAUCUUAAACAUUUUGUUCUUUGAGAUAUCAGCUAACAUCACUUUUAUUUAUUGCAUUUAUGUAAUCAAAACAAGUAAAAAGCUGAAAUGUCCUAACAAGUAAAAAAAAAAAAAAAUGACUACACGCCCAUGAUGUCUAAAUAACAGGCUUACCCGCUGCGCCAUCGUGCAUACAUUUAUUUUGUCCCCCCCACACCAAACGCGAGCCCGACACGAAGGUUAAAAUAUCAAAACAAACUCUGAACCAAUUAUAUUAAUUUGGGGACAGGUCGAAAAGCAUUAAACAUUUAUGGAAAUUUAGCUAGUUAGCUUGCACUUGUUAGCUAGCUUGCUGUUGCUAGCUAAUUUGUCCUGGGAUAUAAAACAUCGAGUUAUUUUACCUGAAAUGCACAAGGUCCUCUACUCCGCCAAUUAAUCUACACAUAAACCGGUCAACCGAAUCAUUUCUAGUUCUCUCUUCCUUCCAGGUUUUUUUCUUCUCUUGACUUUAUAUUGCAAGUGGCAACUUUCAUAAAUUAGGUUCAUUACCGCUACCGACCUCAUUCGUCUUUGUCACCCCACGUGGGUAUAACCAAUGAGGAGAUGGCACGUGAUUACCUGCUUCUAUAAACCAAUGAGGAGACGGGAGAGGCAGGACUUGCAGCGCGAUCUGCGUCACAAAUAGAAAGGAGUUCCAUUUUAGCCCUUGGCAACGCAGACGCUGGCUGAUGCGCGAGAGCAGCAUGGGUGCACUAAUUGAAUAACAGAUUUCUAAAUGUAUUUUGCAACGCUUGCGCACGCGACGGGAGCGGUGUGUUCAGCCUGUUAGCUUACCUUAUCAGCUGGGCCAAAGUAGUCCACGGCCAACAUUGGUCAGGGAAACUAAACAAGCACAUUCUCGCUGAAGAGAUAUGUUGCAGCCUGGAACAAAACAAUAUACCAUCCAUCGCGUCACACAGCAGAAGGUGUGAUGCGAAGAUAGUUUCAUUUCUGACAGUUGGCUACUCGUUAGCAGCUGAUAUUUUAUGCACGAAGACGCCAUUAUUCAUAAAGGUCAUGUUAGCUGACUGAUCUCAGAACAAAAUGUAUAAGAUCUCCUGAGCCUGUGUUAAACCUCAGACCUAAUUUUGAGCAUAUAUCCCAAACCCCAUUAUUUUUCCCCCCAUAGGAAUGCCUAACGAACCAGAGGUAGAAAAUGCUAACUCAUUUCAAUUGUUUAGGACUACAAGCCGCCAAGCGCUAUAGGCCCAAUAGAGCUCAUGAGAAAAAAGGGAGAUGCUUAUUUUUAUAUACGAACAUAAGUAUAUGUUUUUGGGUUCGUGUUCUCUUGUUUUGUAUGGAAUGUUUGUAUAAAUGGUUCGUUAUUUAAGCUAGUUGCCCUAUUUACCAGGGUCCGAUUAAGUUUUCAAAAUAUUGAAGACGAACGAGAAACAAAAUGUCUAUUGGUUUUAAACGCGAGAUCUGAAAAAGGCCUUGUAUAGGUAAUUUUUUUAAAGACCUAACUCUAGCACAGAAAGCUUAACUAGAUGAAGCUAUAUACCUAUAGUGGAAUUAGUCAAAAGGAAGCUAAAAUGCAGGCCACUGACUUGGCUAAGGCAUAGUAAUGUUACAUGGUCAAUCGCAGUUCUUUGAAAUUCAAAUAUACCGAUAUGUACUUGAUCUCACACAGUUAAUUGAUUGCAGUACUCUAAUUUUCUACAAACAAGUUGUUUUGCCAGUGUUAAAUGUUUUGUAAUCAUUUAUAAUAGUAGCAUAGAUGUCACUCUUUCAAGUGCACAAUCCAGUACACUAUGCUUAUAACACAAUCACAUGGAACUGAAAUAGAUAUUAUGGUGCUUAGGCAGACAGAGAUGCAGAACAAAAAAAAUGAUAUUUAGCAUGUGUUAAUCAAGAGUUCAGUUGGGAUCCUCAGACCUUACAGAUGGCACAUUGGUCCUCUGGGGAGCGGAAGACCGGUGCUGUGGCUGAUCAAGGGCCAGCUUUAAGGAAUGUUCUCCAAACUCUCCAUUUAAAAAAUAUUGAAAAAAAGUUAGGAAAACCUGCACCUAAGUAUCAUUCAAACCUGAGCCUGAGAUCCCUACUGUUUCAGGCUCGGGGUCCGGCGGGUCUCAGCUGCUCUUGCUCUCUCACAUGGUGCUUUUUUCCUACUGUUCACUUUUCUCUGUCUGUUUGCCUUAAAGCUUUCUAUUUUGGAAUAAACAAUGCCUAAACUCAA